AAGAUCUCUUUGUCACCACGUGCAUCGUACCUGACGCUGCUGGAUGUGCUGGUGGUAUGACUUGAGACGGAAUGCCACAGUUGCCACUGGCAUGGUCCCUGAGUGGAGGCGGGUUAUCCGCGGAGCAGGUCCGGCCCAGGAAUGGAAGCACCAGGGCCAAACCGCACAAACCACGCAAACUCAGCAGGCAGUGCAGGCGGCAACUGCCAGUGCCUUCUCCAGCCUGCCUGUGGAUGACAAGUCUCUGAGUAUAAGUAGGAACCCACAGCUCCCAGUAACUACUCUCAAUUCUUCAUCCUCAAACCACACAAAAGCAUCAAAGAUCAGCAAUCCGCAAACUUUCAAUCAAGAACACACAAACCACACGCACACAUCAACAUCAACCCAAACACAACCCUCAAAAUGUCCGGCGAAUGCAACUGCGGCGGCUCUGCCUCGGCCUGCAACUGCGGCUCUAGCUGCUCUUGCUCCGGCUGCAACUAAGACUUGUCAUUUUGUCGAGAACCCCCACACGUCAUGGCUGUCUUUCUCUCUCGGGAAGUUUGGGCUUUGCACGCUCUUCGCACGCUCUUCACCUGCGCUCCUUCCGGCAACACAAUGAGGAUGGCUUAGAUUGAACACUGGGUGGCUCGGCGUCAACAAUCAUGAUAGUUACGGGUUCGGAGACGAAGGUUCUUUCCUUAAACGGGUCGGUUUGGCAUGGGAUCAUGACGUUAUGGUCUCACCUUAGCUUGCCUCACUGCAACGCGCAGUUGUGGCUACGAUAACACAAAGCAAUAUCAAUUUCGUUCCUUAUGCGAGUUCCCGUACUUCGUUGGGUCCUUUCGUGUGUGUUGCCUUGCCGAAGCGUCACUGGCUCUCAAGUCAUCGCUGAAAACCAUAGCCUGGGAGUCUAUUGGUGAUGUGUGUAACGCUAUGUGCCGACCUUCAGAGGCACUCCGUCAGCGUCGGCGUCAGGCCUCCGGUCAUAUUACAAUCGGUCAAGUCUGAGAAGUCCUUGUCCCAGCCCCGUACAAGAGAGAUGUGUAGCUGCCCAAUUAGAUAGCGAAAUCAAUAGAGAAGUGCAUCC